UUCCUCUUUUCGUUCGUGGAGGGUAUAUUCUGCCAAUCCAGGCUCCAGCCAGAACAACAGCUAUGAGCCGCCAGAAUCCUUUUGGUCUCAUAAUUGCUUUAGAUGAACAGGAAGAAGCAUAUGGCUCCUUUUUCUGGGAUGAUGGUGACUCUAUUGAUUCUGUUGAAAAAGAAGCCUACUUCUAUGCUGAAUAUAAAUUCAGUGAUAAAGAGUUGAGAACUACUAUAAUUAAACAUGGCUACAGUGGAAUUGCUGAUCAGUCAUAUGACACUGUUCAGAUCCUUGGAUUGUCUGCAAAGCCCGAUAUGGUUUCUGUGAAUGGAAAAUCCAUCCCAAGAGACAGAAUAGAAUAUUAUUCCAAUAAGAAAAUUAAUUUAUGGAUAUCUGAACCCUUUUCCCAAGAGCUGACCAUUUCAGUGUCUUAAAAUGAAAGAUUAAAAAAUAACUACUACAACAAUGGAAGUAAAAAGGUCUCUACAACAGUUUUAACAGUUAAAAAUAGUUGAUUAAUAUGGAAAUGUGAAUAGUGAUGCAAUUAAAAUAUUUCAAUCUU